AUGGAAGAAAUGAAAUUUUCACAUAGAUCUUAAUCAUUAACUGUUUUAUAAAGUGAAAUAUACUCUAGAUUCCUUGAUAUGCAUGAAGAAUUGUCUAAAUCUUCUAAAAAUAUUAACUAUCUUAUAAAUCAUAGUCUUAAACAAUUAGAAAGUAAUUAAGAGGAGGCUAGAUUUAGUUUUUCUGCUAAUUCUUAAAAUCAACAAGAACUUAAUUCUUUUGAAGAAAUGGUUAUUGAAGAAGAAUUAGAUUUAGAAACCCAACCUUCUAAUAAUGAAAGAGAAUCAAUUUUAGAAAAUAAAAUUAAAAUCUAUGAAUCUGCACUUAAUACAUUUUAAUAUGAAAACUUCAAAAAAGAUUAAGAAAUUAUUAGACUCCAAAAUUUGUAAUAAUUCUAUCAAUUAAUAUAGAUUGAAUGAUUAAAAUAUAUAACACACUAUUUAGAAUCCAGAUGAAAUUUAUUAAGAAUAAAGUGUUAUUAGAUAAUAAUUAUAAAUUCUUGAUGAUUAAUAAGAUUAUUUAUAAGAAUAGAAAGACCUUCAUAAGAAAAUGAAAGAAUGGGAAGACUUAAUCACAAAAUAAUAAGACUUAAUAAAUUCUCAAAAAUUGGAAAUUAGUCGAUUAAAAAAUAUAAAUUCAUACUUGCAUAAAUCUAUUGAAAAACUAUAAACAUUUUGA